UAAAAAGGGGAAAAUGGCGGCGGCGCGGAAAAAUUUCAAAACAGCAAUGAAGGAGAAAAGAACUGGUAAGAGGGGUGGUGUGAGCCAUGACAUACUGGCAAGUGAAGAGGUUGUUAUUCAACGGCUAAGUGCGGAAGUGUCCGGCAAAGCGCAAAAUUAUUCACGUAUUGGGCCGAGAGAGUUUGUACCAUAUGACUACGAGGAGGUGACAUUAGCUAACAUCAAGAGUGCUUGCCAAAAACAUUUCGCAUGAACUAUUGGAAAUGACAUGAUGUGUGAAAUCUUAGCUGGAGAGCAAGGUCCAUCCUGCUAUUCGUUGGCCCAAAUACCCGAUAUGAGAGUCGUGUAUAUCCGGUUCAUCGAGGCAGCUCAGUCGUAUUCUGCCACGAGUGUACAUGAAGCUGCCGACCUCGUGCCAGGAAUGAAAAGAAAACAACAAACACAGUUUAAGAGUGAGCCUUCACCAAAAAAGAAAGAGUCAUGUGUCAGCGAAAUGGUAGCCAAAAGUCUCUCAGUUGUUGAGAUGCUCAAGCUCGGGAAAGUUAUCCAUGACAGAUCUACAGAUAUUAUCCAGUUGUACACUUUCGACGUCAACCAAAUGAGCUGGUCUAGAAAUCCACAAGAGGUCGAAUUCGCCAUUGAAAAGGAGCCCUUCGGAAUUGGGGGAUUCCGGAGAGCAUUUAAAGCUAGCAGCACAACACUAGGUUUUCAUAAUUGUAAAUGGGUCGUAAAGAAAUAUCUGCAAGCUGCUGUUGAUAAUAUUGAAGCAGUAAAGCAGACAGUAGAGCAGCAUACGAAAAAGGUCGUUCAAAUGCACAUGUUAGCUAAAAACAUUGCAACUAAGUUGCAGAGCGAACUUGCCAAAGAGGACGCUUUGGUGUUGUACGGAGAAACUCUAAAGUAUAAAGAGGUUUUUAUGGGUAAAAUAGAAGGGGGUGAGUUUGUCACUAUUGAAGAAUUUCUUGAGGGGAAGUUCACUAAGUAUAUAAACAACAAUGGAGAAUUGAGUAUCAAUGACUCAGAAAUCUUGAAGAAAGCAGAAAGUCUUGCUCAUUUUUCUUACGAGCACUCAGAGAAGGAGCUUAUGAUAUUAGACAUGCAAGGUAGUGGAUAUGACCUCUUUGACCCUGAAAUAGCAUCCCGAAAAUUGAUUGAAGAUGAAGAGGUUCUAUUUUCUACUGGAAAUCUGUCAACUACAGCCAUCAAUAACUUCAUUAGUGUGCACAAUUGCAAUGUGUAUUGUAACCUGUUAGGUUUACAGACCUUGUAAGUUAAAAGCUGUCUUUGAAAC